AUGUCCCGGCGUGGACAGCGGUACGGUCGAACUCCUGGAGCCCCAAAAGAUCCGAACACUACUGCUAGUGGUGGUGGUGGUACUUGUCCGACUACUUUCGGCUCAGGCGGUAACACGGUCUGCACGCAGACUCCGCUCGGGUGGACCUGCCCGGCUCACGUCAUUGACUAUGGGGAAGGGGCCACAAAGCCCUGUCCAACCUCUGGACCUGAUCCUAAGAAAGUGCUGACUGUAAUCGAAGUCGAUUUCAAGAUCGAAAUCAACAGUAAGGCCCAUCACACCAACAAGUUUGCAGUGAGUCGACUGAAUAGUCCCAACCCCCAGCUAGUGGUCAGACGUGGUCAACCGUUCGCCGUUACGGUCACAUUCUCCAGACCUUAUGAUGAGAAAACAGAUGAUCUCAAGCUGGUUUUCGAGACAGGAGACACGCCAGUGGCAAGCAAGAGAACCUAUGUGGAGUUUAUCCUCUCGGACGAGGAUAUACCAAAUAACUGGGGAGGUAAAAUUGAGUCUAGGCAGGGCAACACAAUCACCAUGGACAUCUUCACACCAUCGAACUGCUUCGUGGCCAAAUGGACCUUCAAGAUCGACGUGGUCAAGAAAGAGGACAGACGGUUAAACGUGUACAGAUACAACCACAAGAACCCUAUCUAUAUCUUGUUCAACCCCUGGUGCAAAGAUGAUGUUGUGCACAUGACAGAAGAGAAGCUUCUCGAUGAGUACAUACUAAACGAGACUGGGAUCAUAUUCUGUGGAACAAGUACAAGUAUCACCUCAAAGCCAUGGAACUUUGGCCAGUUCGAGUCCUGUAUUCUGGAUGUGACCAUGUACUUACUAGAUAACUCUGGGUUGAACUGGGCUGUCCGAGGACAACUUAUACCAAUAGUGAGAAAACUAUCGGCUUUGGUAAACUCUUCUGACGAAGGGGGUAUUGUAUUCGGGAAAUGGGAAGGUUCCUACGAAGACGGCACAGCCCCGCUGGCCUGGACAGGUUCUGUGGCUAUCCUUGAGGAGUACUGGAGGACCAAACGUCCGGUCAAAUAUGGUCAGUGCUGGGUGUUUGCUGGUGUGGCUACUACAGUUUGUCGAGUUUUAGGAAUUCCCGCUCGCGUUGUGACCAAUUAUUCCUCGGCUCAUGAUACUGAUGGUACCAUCACCAUUGACUACCACAUGACGGCCGAGGAUGAGAUGGACGCGUCCAUGAAUACUGACAGUGUCUGGAACUUCCAUGUGUGGACAGAGAUCUGGUCAACCCGCCCAGAUCUCCCCCCUGGUUACGGUGGAUGGCAAGUUAUAGAUGCAACACCGCAAGAAGCUUCUGAUGGAAUCUACUGCUGCGGCCCAGCCUCUGUGAUAGCUGUGCAACAUGGAGAAGUGAAUCUGCCGUACGAUGGACCGUUUGUGUUCGCAGAAGUCAACGCCGACACUGUUUACUGGCAACCCAACCAGCGGGGAGUCUAUGAGUGCGUCUACAUGGACAAAAAGAAGAUUGGCAAGUUUAUCAGUACAAAAGCACCAAAUUCAAACGAGAGGGAGGAUAUAACACACAAAUACAAACAUGAAGAAGACACACCCGAAGAGAGGUCAGCGGUCAUCAGAGCUAACUUAGUCAGUGCCGCCCGACAUGAUCUCUACAAGCCAACAUCAAGAGAUGUCCAGUUCAGCAUUGAGCAGGAUUCAGCGAACACCAAAGUGGGCGGCAACUUCGUGGUAGGCCUCCGGAUGAAGAACAACAGUCAGCAGAAGCGAACUAUGAAAGGCAGGAUCGCUGUGAGCACCAUGUUCUACACUGGUAUCACGGCAGACACGCUCAAGUCGGAGCCUUUCCUUGUCAACUUGAAGCCUGGGGAAGAGACAGUCAAGAACGUUGAAGUGACACCGGAAGAGUACGAUGGACAUUUGAAAGAUGGCUGCAUGAUCGAUGUGUCCAUCAUGGCUCACGUAGAAGAAACCAGCCAGAAUUUCGCCAAGAAGAUGGACUACCGGCUUCACAAGCCUCAUCUGACUGCCAAGGCACCAGCCGAGGUCAAGGAGAAUGAAGAAUUCAAACUUGACGUUUCAUUUACAAACCCACUCAACAUGGCCUUGACCCAGUGUGGUGUCACAGUGGAUGGAGUGGCAAUCCGCCGCACAUUUCAACAGGGAAACGUGCCUCCCCACGGAACAUUCUCGGCGUCACUUCCGGUACAGCCGGAGAAAACAGGUCAGGGGGAUAUAAUCAUCAUAUUCAACUCCAGAGAACUAGAAGACAUCAACACGUCAAUCCCAAUAUUCGUUCGGGGCCACUGA